UACAAAAUACGGUUAGUGGUUAAUGUUCUGAAAAUUUAAUUGUUUUUGAUGAAAAUUUGGUAAGAAGUGAUUGUGUACUGAUGUUCAUCUAUUUAGAUCAUAUUAAAUUCUUCAAAGAAGUGAUGAGUUUCAAGUUUGAAAUUAUUUAUCUAAUCAAAAACUUAAUUUGAGAAGGCAGAAUGGAUCUUCCUUACAAAGCUGAAUAUGCUAAAUCCGGUCGUGCUAGUUGUAAAGGAUGUAAUUCGGCAAUUGGACAGGGUACUCUUCGUAUAGCAGUUCUGGUGCAGUCUCCAGUUUUCGAUGGAAAAAUGGCUAAAUGGUAUCAUCAAAUGUGUUUCUUCAAUAAACAGAGACCUAAAAGUGUUGAUGAUAUUGAAAAUUUCGAAACCCUUCGUCUACCAGAUCAAGAGAAAAUCAAGGAAAGAAUAGGAGCUGCAACAAGUGUCAUAUUACCUGAAAAGAAAGGAAAAGGUAAGAAGAGAGAUGCUUCAACUGCAGCCUUAAAAAGUGCCGCACUUAAGGACUUCAUUAUUGAAUAUUCCAAGUCAAGCAGAGCCACUUGCAGAGGCUGUGAUAUGAAAAUUAUGAAAGACGAAAUACGAAUCUCAAAAAAAGACUUCGAUACAGAUGUUGGUAAAAAAUAUGGAGGUCAAGAUAUGUGGCAUCAUUUAUCUUGUUUCGCUAAGUUACGUACAGAGUUAGGUUACUAUGAGUCAGCUUCUGUUCUUCCUGGAUUCAAAUCAUUGUCCAAGGAUGAUCAGAAGGAAGCAUUGAAGCAAAUUCCUGCAAUCAAACAGGAAGAUAUUCCAGAUGUCGUAAAGAAACCAAAAAUUGAAGAACCUUCUGAAGAGGAUAAGUUGUAUAAAGAACAUUUGACUAUAUUCUAUAAAUACAGAGAUCAACUCAAGAAAAUGACUAAGGGUGAAAUGACCGAGCUAUUGGACUACAACGAACAAGAAGUUCCGUCAGGACAAGAUGCGAUUCUUGAUAGAUUAGCUGAUAUCAUGACAUUUGGCACGCUCGAACCCUGUAAAAUAUGUAAAGGCGGACAGUAUAUUUACAGUAAACUUGGUUACUUGUGCCAUGGAGAUCUAACUGAAUGGAGCAAAUGUAAUAAUCUUACAAAAACGCCACUACGAAGGGCAUUCAAAGUACCUAAAGAAUUGGCGCAGGAGUAUUCAUUCUUGAAAAAAUACAAAUAUGUUCCAAGAACAAGGAUCUUCAAAGAUGUUGCUCUUACAUCGAAUGUGAAAAAGGAAGAUGAAAUUGACGGAAAGCCGAAAGUAGAGCGUGUGGCACCACCUUUUUAUAAUAUGGAAUUCGUUAUUUUGGGGAAACCUCAAAGAGGCAGAGAGGAACUUAAAAAACAAAUCAUGAAGCUUGGUGGUAAAGUUGUAACUGGUAUUAAGGAAAACAUAAUGGCUGUGAUAGCAUCUAAGGAAGAUGUGGAAAAAAUGGGCUCUCGCAUGUUAGAUGUUAGAUCGAAGGAUAUACAAGUUGUACCUGAAUCGUUUGUAGAUGAUGCUAUUGGUAAAACAGGAAAAAUUCCUGAAUUGAUAAUUGAGAAAAAAAUCUGUGAUUGGGGCUCUGAUCCUACUACUCGUUUGCCUCCUGAACCUACUAGUAGUAAAUCAAAAUCUUCCAAAAGUAUGUACUCCAAAUCUGGACCAAGUAAAGUUAAAUUAACUGUGAAAGGAGGAACAGCUGUUGAUCCAGAUUCAGGUUUGGAGAAAAAAGCGCAUGUCUAUCAAGAAGAUGGCGAUAAAUACACCGUAGUUUUGGGUAUAGUGGAUAUUCAAAAGCAAAAAAAUAGUUACUACAAAUUGCAAUUGCUGCAAUCAGACAAAGGGGAGUCCUAUUGGGUGUUCAGAUCAUGGGGUCGUACUGGAACAGUGAUAGGUUCUACUAAAUUGGAGUCUUUCCCAAGCCUACAUAUGGCAAAAAGUGAAUUCUGUAGACUCUAUGAGGAAAAGACUGGAAACAUGUGGGAAGAUAGGCAUGAUUUUGUUAAGGUUCCCGGUAGAAUGUAUCCUAUUGAUAUUGAUUAUGGAGAGGAAGAUAUGAAAAAUAUCGAUGUUAGUGAUGCUCCUAGUACUUUGGAGAAAGGAGUAGCAGAUUUGAUGAGAAUGAUUUUUGAUAUGAAACAAAUGAAGCAAACAAUGUUGGAACUUGAAUUAGAUACCGAGAAAAUGCCUUUGGGAAAACUCAGUAAAAAACAGAUACUCAGUGCGUAUGAAGUCCUUUCAGAACUGCAAAACUACUUGGACUCGAAAAAUGUACACGAGAUGAAAUUUAUUGAUGGUUCUAACAGAUUCUACACAUUCAUUCCACACAAUUUUGGGAUUGAUAAUCCACCAAUUUUGAAAACACCGGAAAUGAUAAAGCAAAAAAUUGAGAUGCUUGAUAGUCUUGUGGAACUAGAAGUUGCGUAUAGUUUGCUGAAAUCAGCCGGGUCAGAUUCAUCUUUGGAUCAAUACUACUCAAAACUUAACACCGAAAUUAAGUCGAUACCUAAAGGCAAUGAAGAGUUCGAAAUCAUUCAAGAGUAUGUAAAGAAUACACAUGCAGAAACUCAUCAAAGUUAUGAACUCGAAAUAGUGGACAUCUUUGAUGUGAAAAGACAAGGAGAAGAAAAGAGAUUCAAACCUUUCAAAAAACUACAUAACCGCAUGCUUUUGUGGCAUGGUAGUAGAACUACUAAUUUUGCCGGUAUUUUAUCCCAAGGAUUACGUAUUGCACCUCCUGAAGCACCAUCUACUGGUUAUAUGUUCGGUAAAGGUAUUUACUUUGCGGACAUGGUUUCCAAAUCGGCAAACUAUUGUUUCACCAGUCCUGGAAACAAUCAAGGUCUUUUACUCUUGUGUGAGGUGGCUUUAGGAAAUAUGUACGAGUUGACCAAAGCAAAAUAUAUUGAAAAACUUCCUUCUGGAAAACACAGUACAAAAGGUCUUGGAAAAACUGCUCCUGAUCCAAAAGGAUCAAAAAAACUUGGAGAUGUAGAAGUUCCUUUGGGUAAACCUGCUAAAAUGUCUGGACUUGAUGAUGGACAUUUACUUUAUAAUGAAUAUAUUGUUUAUGAUGUUGCCCAGGUGAAAGCAAAGUAUUUGGUAAAAUUGAAUUUCAAAUAUAAGUAUUAAUCUCAAUAGAAUUGAUAAUGCGUUGGGCAUAUUUUUUUCAAAGUUAGAUGUUACCUAAAAAGUUUUCAUUAUCUGUUAUUCAGAACUUAAAAUAAAAAUGAACAUGGUUAAGUUUCAAUGAAAAUGAUCUGAUGUUGAAGUUCUUUUAUUUCUUUGUUUAUAUAUAUUAUUACGUCCUUUAUAAAGUUCUUCACAAAACUUUUAUAAAUUUAUUAUCUUUGUUUAUAUACUCUUAUAAAUCAAGAAAAAUUACAGUAACAAUCAGUUUGUAAUCCUCAUUGUUGUACUUUAAACUUUUCUAUUGAAUAUUUUUGUGUUUUUGAAAUAUGCUUAUUAGAGUUUUUAAAUUAA